CUUCUCUCCUUCAGCAACUUGCUUUCAGAAUCUGGAGGGCAUGCGAGACUGACGGAUAAGGCGGCGGAGAACAGCCGAAAAUUCUUCCUUUUAAAAGUUGGACGUCACACAUGGGCGCUCUGCAAACUAGAUGAAACGCACGUCGGUCAAGACGCGUGAUGGAUUAAGAGCGCGUGGCGAGUGAAAAGGAGCUGGAUGUUGACUGAAAGCACCAAGCGCUGCUUCAGCCCGUCUGUCGGACAGCAGUCGAGCUCUUCCCUCCGACUGACCGCACCCCUUCCCUCCUUCCAUCGGCGGCGGUGACCCGACUCCGGACAGCUUGCUGCAGGGCCCUUCCUGAGCAGCAGCAGCUGCGUCCUGCUCGCUGACUCCUCUCCCUCCCCUCCUUCCUGUGCUUGGUCAGACAAGGCCAGAGCCUCCUCGCCUCCCCCAUCUCAGCCUCCAAAUAACUUCGUGGAAGCACUCAGCGAGGGCCUUGAAAACAACCCUGCAGACUUUCUCCCAGUUGACCUGCCCUCGUUUCCACUAUGACUUCCAUGUCCAGUCUCUUUUCCUUCACCAGUCCAGCGGUCAAGCGCCUGCUCGGCUGGAAGCAAGGAGAUGAGGAGGAGAAGUGGGCCGAAAAGGCAGUGGACGCUCUUGUGAAAAAGCUGAAGAAGAAGAAAGGGGCAAUGGAGGACUUGGAAAAAGCCCUGAGCUGCCCCGGACAGCCCAGCAAAUGCGUUACCAUUCCCAGAUCGCUGGACGGCCGGCUGCAGGUUUCGCACCGUAAAGGUCUGCCGCACGUCAUAUACUGUCGGGUGUGGCGCUGGCCAGACCUGCAGUCCCAUCAUGAGCUCAAGCCCCUGGAGGUGUGCGAGUAUCCCUUUGGCUCCAAACAGAAAGAGGUGUGCAUCAACCCGUACCACUACAAGCGAGUGGAGAGUCCCGUGCUCCCCCCUGUCUUGGUACCGCGCCACAGCGAGUUCAACCCACAGCACAGCUUGCUCGUCCAGUUCCGCAACCUGACCCACAACGAGCCGCACAUGCCCCUGAACGCCACCUUUCCCGAGUCCUUCCAGCAGCCGCACAGCGGGGGCGGGGGCGGUGGCGGAACUGGUGGUGGUGGUGGUGGUGGGGGAGGAGGAGGAGGCUCUUUCCCCAUCUCGCCCAACUCUCCGUAUCCUCCAUCCCCUGCCAGCAGUGGUACUUAUCCCAACUCUCCUGCCAGCUCGGGGCCUUCCAGUCCAUUCCAGCUCCCAGCUGACACCCCACCGCCAGCAUACAUGCCUCCUGAUGAGCAGCUGGGCCAGGAAAGCCAGUCCAUGGAAACAAGCAGCAGUUUAGGGCCACAGAAUAUGCCCAGAGGAGACGUGCAGCCCGUGGAGUACGAGGAGCCAAGCCACUGGUGCUCUAUCGUCUACUAUGAACUCAACAACCGUGUGGGUGAGGCUUACCACGCUUCAUCAACCAGCGUGCUAGUGGACGGCUUCACUGAUCCGUCAAACAACAAGAACCGCUUCUGCCUCGGGCUGCUGUCCAAUGUCAAUCGCAACUCCACCAUUGAGAACACCCGGCGGCACAUUGGCAAAGGUGUUCACCUGUACUACGUUGGUGGCGAGGUGUACGCCGAGUGCCUCAGUGACACCAGCAUUUUCGUCCAGAGCCGUAACUGCAACUAUCACCACGGCUUCCAUCCCACCACUGUCUGCAAGAUCCCGAGUGGCUGCAGCCUGAAGAUCUUCAACAACCAGGAGUUUGCCCAACUUCUGGCUCAGUCCGUCAACCACGGCUUUGAGGCAGUUUAUGAGCUUACCAAAAUGUGCACCAUCCGGAUGAGCUUUGUAAAGGGCUGGGGAGCCGAGUACCACAGACAGGAUGUCACCAGUACACCCUGCUGGAUCGAGGUGCACCUGCAUGGGCCGCUGCAGUGGCUGGACAAGGUCCUGACUCAGAUGGGUUCUCCCCUAAACCCAAUCUCCUCUGUGUCCUAAUAAUAGAGCAUUUGGAUUAGACUCUUCCCCCCCCCUCCCCCUUCACUCUUACUCCUCCCCUUGUGAUUUUUAAUUUAAGUUGGUCUUAACGACUGAACUGUUUACACUUAUUUGGGAAGAGAUGUUGGACUGGAAUGACAGCAGCCAGAUUCAGUUGUUGAAAUGUUACCUGGAGAAAGACAAGAAUCCCCAACUAGCAAUGUUGGCAUGGACUGCCAUACCUGCAUCAUUUGACCCAUUCUUCAUUUUGGAUACAUGCAAUUUUGAUCUUUUUGCAUCUGGUCCAAGUAUUUUUUUUUUUUAAUUUCUCUGAAUGUUUAGUUCUGAAUUGUGGCGCAAUUGACAAUUAAUUCAGAAUGUUAUGGAACAUUUUUUUAAUGACGCAAUGUCAAGAAAUGGAUAUCGCAAUUUAAGACACAGAUAUUGCAAUCUUCAAUCUUUUAGUAUGUAAUUGUAGAAAGAACACUGAGCUACUGCCUUUGUAAUCUGAUAGUUUUUGAUGUGGGAGAUGGACAAGUUCAUCAUGCCAUAAGAUAACAUCUUGUCAAUGUUACAUGUGUUGCAGUAGAAAUAGUUGCAUAAAAUCAAUUCUGAUAAUAGACAUUUUAGGAGUGACUGCACUGUCCACAUUCACUCUUAAUAUUGUGCACUAAGAUUAUGUGGAGGCAUAUAUUAAAUGUUGCCGUGGGUUACAAGACUUUUUAUGUUGAAUGACUUCAUUAGCUCAUUAAAUAAACCGGUUAUUUGGUUACCAA